AUGGGUAAUAUUGAUAGUCGAAAUGAACGAUUUUACAAUCUCUGUGGUUUGGGUAAAGCACAUCUAAUUGAGAAAAUGUUAGAAAGCGAUCGAACACUCAAUACAAUCAAUGUGAAUUGGGUUGCAUUUGAAACACAAUCGACACCAUUGCUGAUUGCUUCAGCAAAUGGUCAUGAUCUUGUUGUAGAUGUACUAUUGCGAAAUAAUGCAAAAAUUGCUAUAAAAGAUGGGAGAGAAGCGACACCACUUCAUCAUGCUGCUCAACGUGGUUACACUGAAAUAGCUAAAAAACUUCUACAUGCUGGAAGUGAUGUCAAUGCAAGAGAUAAACUCGGUUGGACACCAUUAAUGAAAGCAUGUUAUUUUUGCAAUCCGGAUAUUAUUUUAACAUUAUUAGAAGCCGGUGCCGAUAUUGAUGCUGAAACUGAACAAGGUCGUACAGCCCUUCAUGAAUUAUGUCGGUCACCACCACGAUUAAAUUCUUCAUCGUCGUCAUUAGUAAAUAAUGGUAGCACAGACAAUGAAGCAACUUUAGCUGAAAUAGCUUGCAUGCUAAUUGAAGCAGGAGCUGAUGUUAAUAAAACUGAUCAUGAUCAUUUUACGCCAUUAAUGUAUUCUGCUUUUCACAAUCAUACAAGCGCUGCUCUUGUUCUACUUGAAUCAAAUUGUGCAGUUAAUAAAACCGAUAAACAAGGUUGGACUGCUUUACACUGGGGUAUCGAUCGUGAUCAUCCUGAUAUAGUUCAAUUAUUAAUUGAUAAAGGCGCUCGUAUAGAUAUUCUUAGUCAUCGUGGUGAAUCCGCUGCAUCGAGAGCGAAAUCGGUGCGUGUUAAAGAUAUCGUCAAACAUAUUAAACGCUAUUCGACGUUAUCAUUAUCUUUAACUGAUAUGAAUAAUAUUCUUCACCAUGGAAAUUCUUCCCCAGCCAGUCUAUCACCAGUAGAAAUUGAAAAAUUAAAAAAAUUUACGUCGAGUAUGUCGAUGACAAAUGUCGAAAAUACAAAACCAUUAAUCUCAUCAUCGUCAACGACACGAGUCCUGAGUUCAACAGACGUCUAA